AGGACCUCACCUCUGUAGUCUCCCCGCAAAGAAGUAUUCCCUAGACUGUUCACUGUGUUUCGAAUGAUUUCAAUCCCCUGGCGUCACGGAAGUGUAAAAUAGUUCACGUUGUCUGGCUUGCUACGGAGUCAAAGCGAAAGCAUUAAAAUGUUGCAUAGGCAAGGAGCUGCUAGUGUUGCGACCACCGCUAAGCGCGUUUUCAAAUUUCGGGUACGUUCUUUCGCGGACCAACGUGCUGCAGUGGGGGUAUGCUGCGUUCUUGAAGGACGAAGAGCAUCCGCAUCUCGACAGUAUUCGACCAGCCAGGCAACACCGCGGAAGGCGCUUGAGAAAAACAGAAAGAAUAUUGCAUUUUCAGGCAAAGGCGAUGUCCCGAACACACGACAAGCUAUAACACCUGACCUCGUCCUGCAUGCGCAGAAAGCUCUACGACGAGACGGGGUCGGUGUUUUUGACGCGAGCUUCAACGUCGAGCAAAUACAGCCCGGGUUCGUCGACAGCGCCAGGAGGCUCGUGGAUGCAAAGUUUGCGGAGGCGCUAAGUCUUGCGCUGAGUUACCAUGGUCAGAAGAAGGGUGGCCACGGAGCGGAGUUUGAUGAAAUUCCGGUUGGUCAGGAGCAUGGUUUUCGGGAGAUCGUGCACCGCGCGCGGGGCCGGUACGACAUGCUGUACGGGGUGUGGCAGGAACCAAGCCUGGUGGAGGACAGCAAACUGUACAACACACUCCUAAAACCCGCCGCGCAGGCCAUACUUGGCGACGACUGCCGACUGGAAUUCAAUGGUGCACUCGUCACGAAAGCAGGGGCCGCAGAGCAGCUCUGGCACGCAGACGGGGAGCAUCUGUUCCACGACAGCCGAGGAAUGGCGUCGAAUACCAGUCGUGACGGCGCGCAGGAGGAGCGCGGCCACGUGGAUUCUGAGGUUCUCCCGGCUCAUUGCGUGAACUUUUUCGUCCCUCUCGUGGACAUCGUGGAGGCGAAUGCAGGGGGGACGGAGUUUUGCAUCGGAAGCCACCUGUACACCCAGCACUUGGGGGCAGACGUGGUGUGGCAGCGCGAGGACUGGAAGCAACGUCUCGCUGCCCGCGGUUGGGACAACGAAACGCGGUUGCUGCGCGUGCAAAAGGGGCAACUGCUCUGCUUCGAUUACCGCAUUCUGCACCGCGCGCUCGCGCAUAACGUUUCCACGCAGCGACCGGUGUUGUACUGGACCUUCGUGCGCCCGUGGUUCACGGAUGCUCUCAACUUUGGCGGCCUCCCAAGCCUGACGGAUCAGGCGGCAGUUUCAGGAACAAGGGCUACGGUUUCGGCAGAAGAUGAAGUGCAACUAGAUUCUGCGCUCAGAACAACGACUUCGAGCCAAAGCACGAGAAUCACCCCGGACACACCUCUUGCUGCACGCACGCCCGAAUGGGUUCUGCAACUGCGAGCCACCCAAUACUCUGAAAAUCUUGUAAAAAACGCAGGCGUGGCCACCUACGCGGAUGGGGCCGCCGGAUCGCAAACGCCCGUUUGUGUGGCGGACGCGAUGAGAAAUCAUCUGCUGAAGUGUGGAAGCACGAACCUCGGUGGAGCCUACGCCACUUCCGAGGCCGCCUUGCAGCUGAUUACGGGUGCGCGACACGCGGCGAGUGCGUUUCUCGGCUGUCAAGACGGCUCCAAGAUUGCCUUCGGCGCGAAUUGCACCAACCUCAUGUUCCACCUGUCCCGCACAGUAGAAGACUGGGUGCGGAGAGCAAGCAACGGAUCUGGGAACAGGGGGAACAUCGUUGUGUCGCGGGCGUGCCACGACGCAAAUGUGGCGCCCUGGCUCCUGUUGGCGGACAGGUGCGAUCUCGAAGUUCGCUGGAUCGAUUUAGUGGAGGGUGAUCAGCUUGACUUUGAAAAUAUCGAGACAAAAAUUGACGCGGACACUGUCGUAGCCGCCGUCGGACUGGCCUCCAACGCAUCGGGGCGGGUCUUUUGGCCAGCCAUUCGGGACCAGGUUGCACCACGGGUCGAAAGUCUUCGAAGGGACCGAACGAGAUCCGGCAGCGCCGGCUCGUGCUUCCCGGUGUUGAUUUGCGACGGGACCCAUUAUCUGCCACACUUUCGGUUCAACCUGGAGUCGUCGGGCGCGGAUGCGGUCGUGUGUUCCUCUUACAAGUUUUGUGGGCCGCAUUUAGGCGUUGCGGGGUUCUCGAGUCGAUCGCCAUUUGUUAGUGCGGAACUCACAGAAGGCUGCAUCGCCAAAGUCGGCCGACGGGCUGACCAAAGUGACCUGCUGGCUGCUCCGCCGCAGCCGACUCGAGAGUCAUACGAGAUCUCGUCGUGGGAAAUGGGAACGCUGAAUUACGAGGCGCUUGCGGGUCUGGAAGCGUGCAUAGUGGACUACUUCGGGCCGCUCUCUGGUGGAGGGAAAGUUGACGUGUCGGACCUAGGGAGUUCGCUUGACCAGGCGUUUUCAAAGAUAGAAGCGCACGAGAUGAAUUUGUCGCAGCAUUUCCUGCAAGGCCUUUUAAAGUUGCAGCAUGCGAUUCGUUUUUAUGGGCCGGAGAAAGCAGCUGGGCGGACGCCGACCUUUGCGCUGGUGCCAGUGGGUGACUUUUUGGGAAAAGAUUUGGUUUCGUUUCUCAAUGAAAAAGGAAUAUUUUGCACAGCCGGAAAUCACUACGCGCCGGAGUUAACAUCUCGCGUACAUGGUGAGUCUGGAUGGACUCGCGUCAGUUUCUUGCACUACAACACAAUGGAAGACGUUGAGAAUGUUCUAGACAAUCUACAGAAGUUCGCAGAUAAUUCGAAGUAGAAUCAGUGUAGAAAGUGAAAAAAAGUAUAAGCAGUUCACAGCGAUCAACCCAAACCACGACAG